CUUUCGUGUUGGAAAAUUUUCAUAUUUUACAUUAUAUUGUGCAGCGUAAAAUUCCUAUAUUUUGUCAAAAAGACUUUUAAAAAUUUAAAGAAUACGAGAUGUUUGUCUACAAGAGAGAUGGACGGAAAGAAGACGUAAAUUGCGACAAGAUAACUUCUCGCAUAAAUAAGCUAUGCUAUGGGUUGAAUAUGAAUUUUGUGGAUCCGCCGGCUAUCACGAAGAAGGUGAAAAAGGGAAUUUAUUCAGGAGUAACGACACCGGAAUUGGACAAUUUGGCAGCAGAAACUGCAGCUACCAUGACAACAGAUCAUGCUGACUAUGCGGUCUUGGCUGCCCGAUUGGUUGUCUCUAAUUUGCAUAAGGAGACGAAGAAAUUGUUUUCUGAGGUUAUGACAAAUCUGUACAUGGCAAUGAAUGAGACUACCGGCAAGUGGUCUCCAAAAAUUUCUGAAUAUCACUACAAGAUCAUUAUUGCGAAUGCUGAGAAGCUUAAUUCGGCCAUCGUGCAUGAUCGGGACUAUGGGUACAGCUAUUUUGGCUUCAAGACACUCGAGAGGUCAUAUUUAAUGAAGAUCGACGGGAAAAUCGCUGAAAGGCCCCAGCAUAUGCUGAUGCGAGUAUCUGUGGGAAUUCACGGGAAUGACAUUGCUGCAGCCAUUGAGACGUACAACCUUCUAUCACAACGGUAUUUCACGCACGCAUCACCAACACUCUUUGCAGCUGCCACUCCAGUGCCUCAGCUAUCAUCUUGUUUCCUCCUGUCCAUGGCUGAUGACAGUAUUGAUGGUAUCUACGAUACACUGAAACAAUGCGCUCUAAUCUCAAAGUCUGCAGGAGGGAUUGGUGUUAAUACUCACUGCAUUCGAGCUCGUGGUAGUCACAUUGCUGGAACCAAUGGCACAUCGAAUGGACUCGUACCGAUGCUUCGCGUCUACAACACUACUGCUUGCUACGUUGAUCAAGGUGGGAAUAAGCGCCCAGGUGCCUUUGCAAUAUACCUUGAGCCCUGGCAUGGGGAUAUCUUUGAAUUCCUAGACCUUAAAAAGAAUACCGGCAAGGAAAAGGCACGAGCACGAGAUCUCUUUUAUGCGCUCUGGAUUCCUGAUUUAUUUAUGCAGCGUGUCUCCGAGGAUGGUGAAUGGAGUCUCAUGUGCCCUAACAAGUGCCCUGGAUUGUUUGAUUGCUGGGGUGAAGAAUUUAAUAAAUUGUACACAAAGUACGAAGCAGACGGUCAGUACAUUCGUAAGAUACCAGCUCGAGAUCUUUGGUUUGCCAUCAUUCAAAGUCAAGUAGAAACGGGAACGCCGUAUAUGCUGUACAAGGACGCAUGUAACCGUAAGAGUAAUCAGCAGAAUAUUGGUACAAUUCGCUGUAGCAACCUCUGCACCGAGAUCGUUGAAUAUUCGUCAAAAGAUGAGAUUGCUGUGUGCAAUUUAGCAUCAAUUGCACUUAAUAUGUUUGUACUGCCCGAUAAGACGUAUGAUUUUGAGAAGCUAAAGUCCGUCACGAAGAUUGUCACACGCAAUCUCAACAAAGUUAUAGACAUCAACUACUACCCCGUACCCGAAGCAAAGCGCUCAAAUAUGCGACACAGACCGAUUGGUAUUGGAGUUCAAGGUCUAGCGGAUGCUUACAUUCUCAUGCGCCUCCCAUAUGAUAGCAAAGAAGCCAAGAAACUCAACCAACAAAUCUUUGAAACCAUCUACUAUGGUGCUCUUGAGGCUAGCUGUGAGCUCGCUGAGAAGCUCGGACCAUAUGAGACGUACAAUGGAAGUCCAGUGAGCAAGGGAAUUCUGCAGUACGAUAUGUGGAAUAGAAAGCCAACGGAUCUUUGGAAUUGGGAUGAAUUGAAGGCAAAGAUUGCUCAGCAUGGUGUUCGAAAUUCCCUGCUUGUGGCUCCAAUGCCAACGGCUUCUACGGCUCAAAUUCUUGGCAAUAAUGAAUCCUUCGAACCCUACACAUCCAAUAUGUACACCCGUCGUGUUCUUUCUGGGGAAUUCCAAGUGGUUAACAGCCACCUGUUAAAGGAUCUCUCUGAACUACGUCUUUGGAAUGAUGAAAUGAAGAACAAAUUAAUUGCCAACAAUGGCUCUGUGCAGAAUAUUCUGGAAAUUCCUGAGGAUAUUCGUGAGUUGUAUAAAACCGUGUGGGAAAUCAAGGUGAAGACAAUGAUUGAAAUGGCAGCUGACCGUGGGGCCUUCAUUGAUCAAAGUCAAUCAUUCAACAUUUACGUGGCAGAACCUAACUAUGGGAAACUCACUUCAAUUCAUUUCCAUGCCUGGAAAAUGGGCCUCAAAACGGGGAUGUAUUAUUUGCGCACUAAACCAGCUGCUAAUGCCAUCCAAUUUACUGUGGAUAAAUUAAAGCUGAAGGAAGAUGUGAGCAAUACAGAUCAGACUCCCAUUAAUGGGGAUGCUGUCACAAAUGGGAUGAAUGAAAAGGAAGAAGAUGUAAAUCAGGGACGUGCCGAAAUGCUCUGCUCGCUGGACAACAAGGAGGCUUGUCUCUCAUGUGGUUCGUAAACUACCACCAUGUGCUUACGGACAACUCUGCACGCUUGCAACUGCUUUAGUCUAAUUAAUAUCUUCAUUUUUUUUAAUUGAAAAUAAUACUAAUUCACAGGUAUCGUUCAGUUUCCCCACCCACAAAAUUGAUCUCUAGAAUACAAUUUGUCAAUUUAUGAGAUUUAUUUAAAAAAAAAGUUGAAAAAUUUCAUUUAUAAAAUCUCACACCGACACAUAGUACUAAUCCUAUUUUAAGAUGUUCUACACAAAUUGAAAAUACGCUGUAAUUUCUUCAAUUUCUCGGAAUAAAAUUUACAUUUUAUUUCUA